AUUUAUGUAGCUAUCUCUUUUUGAAAAUAAAAUAAACAAAACAUGCUAGUAGAACACUGCUUGUGAUUCGCAGAGCACGGGCGUGCGACUUAUUUUUUCUUCAAAUAAAAUAGUAAAACAACUAGUUCUCGUCGUUAUUUCCUGGUUGCCAGUCGCUACUCAAUAUCACGGGAGAUUGUAUCUUUUAAUAUUGACUUUCAUACAUCCUUGACGGUACAGUAACCGGCUUGAAAGUGAGAUUGUGCACCGGUAAUUUUCCAAAAAUGAGAUUGACUUUACGGUUACUAUCUUCUGUGGUGCAAAGGAGACCUUUCUACGUGACUACUCCGAUAUUUUAUGUGAAUGCUGCCCCACACAUAGGUCAUCUAUACACAGCUGUUGUAGCUGACGCCAUACAACGGUUUGAGAAGCUCAUUGAUCCAGACUGCAAUGUUAUUUUUAGUACUGGAACAGACGAACAUGGCACGAAGAUACAGCAGGCAGCCGCUAAGGCCAAUCUCGCACCUCAAGAAUACUGCAACAAGAUAUCUGAAGAGUACCGAACACUGUUCAAAGACUUCGAUGUGGAGUACACGGACUUCAUAAGGACCACAGAGGAGCGGCACAAAAAAGCUGUUCACCAUUUCUGGAAAAAGCUGGUGAAGAAAGACUACAUAUACAAAGCGAAAUAUUCAGGAUGGUACAGCGUAAACGAUGAAUCUUUUGUGCCUGAAACACAUGUCAGGGACGAACUCAGGAAUGGAGAACAGGUAAAAGUGUCAUUAGAAUCGGGACACGUGGUCGAAUGGACUGAAGAGACAAACUACAUGUUCCGACUGAGCGCGUUCAAAACACACUUACAGGAGUGGCUUAAAAAUGAUGGAGUUAUUACACCAAGCAAGUUUCAGAAGCAUCUAGUAGACAUGGUGCAGAACGAAGCAUAUUUCCCGGACAUAUCAGUCAGUAGACCUUCCUCCAGGGUACACUGGGCUAUACGGGUGCCAGACGACGAAGAGCAGAGUAUAUACGUAUGGCUGGACGCCCUGGUCAACUACCUGACAGUGCUCGGCUAUCCUGAUGAAGACGCCAUGAUCAAGAGAGGACGGCCGUGGCCGGCAGACGUACAAGUCAUCGGGAAAGAUAUAUUAAAGUUCCACGGCAUAUACUGGCCAGCGUUCCUGAUGGCGUUGAACUGGCCGCCCCCGCGCCGGCUGGUGUGCCACUCGCACUGGACGGUGUGCGGCGCCAAGAUGUCCAAGUCGUGCCACAACGUGGUCAGCCCGCGCCUCGAGCCUGCGCCCGCGCCGGCGCUCCGGUACAUGCUGCUCAGGGAGGCCACCAUGCACGACGAUGCCAACUACAGCCAGACGAAGCUGAUAAACAUAGCGAACUCCGAGCUAGCGGACACGCUGGGCAACCUCGGCAGCCGGUGCUGCGGCGCCGCGCUCAACCCGCGCGGGGAGUUCCCGCCGCUCCACGCAACGGAGCUCGGGGAACUCCGGCCGGGGGUCGCCUCAGAACUCAUGGACUGCGUCGAGGCGCUACAUGAAAUCUGCUACAAUCACUACACAAACUACCAGUUCUACAAAGCAGUCGACGCCGUCAUACACACACUGCACGUCGCAAACUUGUUCUUCGAGUCCCACAAACCAUGGGAACUACGCAAGAAGCCAGAAUGCCAAAAAGAAUUGGACGUAAUACUACAUAUUACCAUGGAAACCUUACGAAUCAGCGCCAUAAUCUUACAGCCAAUAAUACCACAAUUGUCAGAGAAAUUAUUAGAUAAACUGCAAAUACCGAAGGAUUCGCGAAGUUGGCAACACUGCGUGACGCCAUCUUGGAGGGUUCAAGGCGCCAUUUACGAGACGAAAAACAUUCAAGGCGGGAAAUUCGUUUUGUUUCCCAGAAUUUACACGGAUAAGAAACAGAAGAAAUCCGUUAGUGCUUAGUGAAAUUUGAGAUCUAUUAAAAUAGUUUUUUGACGUCAAAAUGAAAUGCAACGAAUAAUUUUGAUGA